AUGAGCUACAACGCCUACCAUCCGCGUCCUGGCGGCGCACGACCACAACGCCAGCAGUACGCCUACCAGCUGUCUGACGACCCUUUGACCCAGCCAAGCCUUGGCUACGCAAACCACCCCAGCGCAUAUCCUGGCUCGUCCAGCAUGCAUCCCGAGAACCCCUUCUACGCCGGCGAGAACCCCAGCUUCCAGACUUUGGCUCCUGCCACCUCCGAAGCUCACAGCAUGUAUCCCUACGAAGAAGACCGCGUGCCUCUCACCGACACGACCGACGACGAAAAGUACGGCUAUCCUCCCCCCAGCCACGCCCAUACCGCAUACACCCUCUCGGAUCCCAACACUCGGUUUCCCACUCCUGCGCCCUACGGAGGCCAGUCCUCCUACUCGGCUAGCCUCGCUCCCGAUGACAGCGCCAGUCAGGUCGCCUGGGAGAAGCGCCAACAGGCUCCCAAGCGUGGUCUCACUAAAAAGGUCCAGCUCACCAAAGGUCACUGGAUCGUCGAGCACCCCGUCCCCACCGCCGUCAAAAACUCGGUCGAGCCUGGGUGGGCGCAAGGCAACCACACCCAGGAGUUCUCCCACAUGCGAUACACGGCCGCCACGUGCGAUCCGGACGAGUUCACGCUAGAAAAUGGUUGGAGUCUUCGCACUUCGCAGCAGUACGGACGCGACACGGAGCUGCUCAUCGCCAUCACCUACUACAACGAGGACCGCAUCCUGCUCGCACGAACGCUGCACGGCGUCAUGCUCAACAUCCGCGACAUUUGCAGGAGCAAGACGUCCAAGUUCUGGCGCAGGUCGGCCGAAGAAGGCCGGCCAGGCUGGCAGCGCAUCGUCGUGAGUCUCAUCUUUGAUGGCAUCGAUCCGUGCGACAAGGAGGUGUUGGAUCUGCUCGCCACCGUCGGUGUCUACCAGGAUGGUGUCAUGAAGCGAAAGGUCGAUGGCAAGGAUACGGUGGCUCAUCUGUUCGAGUACACCACCCAGCUAUCGGUCGAUCCCACGCCGGCUCUCAUCCAACCGCACGGCGAUGACGCUUCCAACCUCGUGCCUGUCCAGAUGAUCUUCUGUCUCAAGCAGAAGAACAGCAAGAAGAUCAACAGUCACCGUUGGCUCUUCAACGCGCUCGGGCGUCACCUUCAGCCCGAGAUCUGCAUUCUCAUCGACGCAGGCACUAAGCCGGGCCACAAAUCGCUCUACUACCUCUGGGAGGCCUUCUACAACAAUGCCAACCUCGGUGGGGCCUGCGGCGAGAUCCACGCCAUGAUCAAGAACGGUCGCAAGCUCAUCAACCCAUUGGUGGCAGCGCAGAACUUUGAGUACAAGAUGUCCAACAUUCUCGACAAGCCGCUCGAGUCGACGUUUGGCUACGUCAGUGUGCUACCCGGUGCAUUUAGUGCGUAUCGCUUCCGAGCGAUCCAGGGUCGACCGCUGCAGCAGUAUUUCCACGGCGAUCACACGCUCGCCGACCGACUCGGCAAGAAAGGUCUCCACGGCAUGGACAUCUUCACGAAAAACAUGUUCCUCGCCGAAGACCGGAUCUUGUGCUUCGAACUGGUGGCCAAAGCGGGGGACAAAUGGACGCUGACGUACGUCAAACCGUCCAAGGGCGAGACGGAUGUGCCUGAAGGAGCGGCCGAGUUGAUCUCGCAACGUCGUCGGUGGCUCAACGGCUCGUUCGCCGCCUCCAUCUACUCGCUCGUCCACUUCUUCCGCAUCUACAAGUCGAACCACGGCAUCAUUCGGUUGUUCUUCUUCCACCUCCAGGCGAUCUUCAACGCACUGGUGCUCUUCUUCUCCUGGUUCGCACUGGCUAAUUUGUGGCUGACGUUUUCGAUCAUCAUCCAGUUCUUGCCGGAUGAAUUGCUCAAGAAUUCGUCGAAUACGACCCUCACCGUCUUCCACUGGAUCAACCAGGCGGUCAAGUGGAUCUACGUGUUCUUCCUCGUGCUGCAGUUUGUGCUUGCGCUAGGCAACCGGCCGAAGGGGGAGAAGGCGACGUACAUUGCCUCGUUCGUCGUGUUUGGUGUGUUGGGGUUGUAUCUCAUCGUCGUCUCGUUGUGGUUGACCGUCAAGGCGUUGGUUCAUACUAAGUUUUCGGGCGGCAUCUUUCAGAUUCUGUUCAACCAGACGACGGGGGUGCUGAUCGCCUCGCUCGCUGCGACGUUCGGCAUCUAUCUGGUCGCGUCGAUCCUGUAUGCCGAUCCGUGGCAUAUGGUGACGAGUUUCCCGCAAUACAUGCUCUUCGCGCCUUCGUCGAUCAACAUCCUCAACGUCUAUGCGUUUUGCAACCUGCACGAUGUUUCGUGGGGCACCAAGGGGUCGGACAAAGCGGAUGCGCUACCGACGGUCGAUACCAAGAAGGACAAGAACACCGAGCCGGGUACAGUCGAGGAGAUCGAGCGACAUCAGGAUGAUAUUGACGAAUCGUUCAAACUGGUCGUCUCCCGUGCAGUGGCACCGUUCAAUCCCGAACCCACCAUCGACAGACCCACCAUGGACGACAGCAACAAGACCUUCCGCACCCGCCUCGUCGCCUUCUGGCUGCUGUCCAACGGAGCUCUGACCGUCGCCAUCGAAAACGUCAACGGCCUCAACACCGGCCAGACCAGCGCAGAGAUCGAACGCGAACAGAGCAACAAGCAGUCGACCUACUUCAAGUUUAUCCUCUGGGCCACGUUCGGGCUGUCCGCGUUCAGGUUUGUUGGCUGUUUGAUCUACUGGGUCAAACGAAACACUACGAGGUGCUUCAGGAAGACUUGA